AUGACUCUGCAGGUUCCUACCAGUUUACAAAAGUCUUUUGACGAUACCAAAGUUGAAUAUCGACAGCUCGGCAGUAGUGGCCUGAGAGUAUCGGUGCCUAUCUUUGGAUGCAUGAGUUUCGGUGAUCCGAAAGCAACCACCAUGGAAUGGGCACUUGGCGAGGAACAGGCACUUCCCUUGCUCAAAGCGGCCUACGACCGAGGUCUCAACACUUGGGAUACGGCAAAUGCCUACUGUAACGGAGCUUCUGAGAUAAUCGUGGGCAAGGCUCUCAAGAAGUAUUCGAUUCCGCGUGAGAAGGUAGUCAUUUUGACCAAGUGUUUUUGGGCUGUUGGAGAAGAUCCCGGCUCAUCAGUGGUCCAAACAGAAUCCAUGCAUUGGGUCUUUAGAGAUCCCAUUGAAGGCUCCAAAGACUAUCAAAACCAGUUUGGGCUCUCACGGACCGCGAUAUUCAACCAGGUGGAGGCCUCUCUCAACCGGCUUGACACAAAUUACAUUGACCUACUGCAAAUCCAUCGAUUUGACUCGAAGACACCCAUCGAGGAGACUAUGAAGGCUUUGCAUGAUCUGGUCCAGUUGGGCAAAGUCCGCUACAUUGGCGCAAGCUCCAUGUGGGCGACCCAGUUUGCGCGCAUGCAGUUUGUUGCUGAACGCAACGGGUGGACUAAAUUCGUCAGCAUGCAGAACCAGUAUAACCUUCUUUAUCGUGAAGAGGAACGCGAGAUGAUUCGCUUUUGCAAUGAUACUGGUGUUGGUUUGAUUCCCUGGGCACCGCUAAGCCGGGGAUUCCUCGCCAGGCCCCCAUCGAGCUUCGGGUCUACUAUUAGGAGCAAGCAAGAGAAAGACCGGUCCAGAUCGGCUUAUGGCACAGAAGAAGCGGACGUGAGAAUUAUCGAGAGGGUGGUGGAGCUUGCGCAGAAGCACAAUUGGCCCAUAUCACACGUUGCACUUGCCUGGAUUAACAAGCGCGUAACUAGUCCAAUUAUUGGAUUCAGCAGCGUUGCAAGGCUGGAAGAAGCAAUUGCAACUCGCGGAAAGGUGCUCACUGAAGAGGAGGAGAAAUACUUGGAGGAACUGUAUCAAGCCAAAGCUGCCUUGGUUCCGGAGUCCCUAUAA